AUGCAACAGAAUGGGCAAGUAGCAAUCUUUCUGAGACCGACUAAAGUACUGUUUUCUCAUAAAAAUGAAGAAGAUGGCAAUGAACAGUUGAGGAGUGUGGUGGCGUACCGCAACCCAUUCACUGGGGACUACUGCGUCAACAAGAGUCGAGCUUCACAUGGCUACAUGAAUGAACUGCCUCCUGACACCUCCUCUCCUGACAGCGGCCUCUCUGACGACCGAUACGAGCCUCUAGGACCACCGCUGGGAACUCUGCCCUUGAAAAACACGAUAGCUUCAGAGGCUGUAAAGUCACCAGCAGCGACUCCAGUCUACGACAACAGCAUCAACAAAACAUGGAAAUGGGAUUACACCGAGUACCAAAUAUAA